AAGGAAUCCAGGAGGCGACCCUUGACAGCUCAUAACGAGCAGCACACCAUCAUCGCGCUGGUGCAGGACCGGCCCGGGGUACUGACCCGGGUGGCCGGGCUGUUCCGGCGGCGCGGGUUCAACAUCGCCAGCCUGGCGGUGGGAGCCAGCGAGCAGAAGGGCCUUUCGCGGCUGACCUUCGUGGUCACCGGCGACCAGUACACCGUGGAGCAGGCCACCCGCCACCUGGAGAAACUGAUCGACGUGGUGAAGGUGUCCAACAUAUCCGAGGAGGAUGUGGUGGCACGGGAGCUGGCGCUGAUCAAGGUGCGCACCACGCCCACCAACCGCAGCGAAAUCCUGGAGAUCAUCAACCUGUUCCGGGCCAAGGUGGUGGACGUUGGCACCCUGUCGCUGGUGGUGGAAACCACGGGCGAGGAGGAAAAGAUCGACGCGCUGUACGACCUGCUGCGGCCGUUUGGCAUCUUGGAGUUGAUGCGCACCGGGCGCGUCGCCAUGGUGCGCGGCAAGACCGGCGGCCGGAUCAGCGACGACGUGGGGGCCGACGCGGUCAUCAUGGGACGGAAUGGAGCCACGGCGGAGCAGGCAGUUGACUCGGCGCCGGGGCACUACGAGGGAGUCUGA